CUAUGUAAAAUAAAUAAAGCCAAACAUUGGCAUUUUAUCUGGUUGGGAAACCACCGAAAAUUGUACACAACUGCUUGCCAAAUCGUACAAGUGCAAGUACAUAAGUAAAUAGUUAAACAGAUCCAAACUUAAGUCAUGCAAAAUUUAUUAUUAUAUGAAGCAACGUCAACUCUAUCACAAAGUGCUAGCGCCGGACUACAUGCAGAUAGCAUCGGUUUAGGUAUGAACAAUCCCAGCACAGAAGUGACAACUGCAGCAGCAUUAAAUAACACUUGGACGCUAUGGGAGUUAGCAACUGCUGCAACUUUAACAGCAGUAACCAGCUUCACAACGCGCACUUUAAUGGACGUUGAACGGGGUGGUAGCGAUGGUAUAAGCGAUAAUGACGGAGGAAGUGAUUACCUGAAUAAACUACUGAAUGCAACCACAAAUAAUACACAAGACCUCUUCAUUGCUUCUACCGAAACUCCAUAUGUACCAUAUCAAUUACGUCCUGAAACAUAUAUUGUACCUGUAUUGUUUGCUUUCAUCUUUAUAGUUGGUGUCCUCGGCAAUGGCACUCUGAUUGUUGUCUUUCUUGCUGUGCGGCAAAUGCGGAAUGUACCAAAUACGUAUAUACUUUCUUUGGCACUGGCUGACAUGUUGGUAAUAAUUACAACAGUACCACUGACCUCCACCGUGUAUACAGUGGAUUCAUGGCCAUGGGGUAGUUUCCUUUGUACGCUUUCGGAGUUCAUUAAGGACGUGUCAAUUGGUGUGUCCGUGUUUACACUUACUGCUUUAUCAGGCGAUCGUUACUUUGCAAUUGUGGAUCCCCUAAGGAAAUUCCAUGCUCAUGGUGGUGGAAAGCGUGCAACUCGCAUGACUAUUGCAAUUGCGGUUUUUAUUUGGAUUUUAGCCAUUUUAUGCGGCUUACCGGCGCUGAUUGGAACUUAUGUGAAAAAAAUCGAAAUUAAUCGGAACAAAUCAUUUUCACUCUGUUAUCCUUUCCCUGAGGAAUGGGGCAUGCAAUAUGCCAAAACAAUGGUAAUGUUAAGGUUUUCGGUCUACUAUGCUAUACCACUCAUCAUAAUUGGAGUAUUUUACGCAUUGAUAGCCAAACAUUUGAUGUUUACAGCCAGCAUACCGGGUGAGAUGCAAGGUGCUGUUAGACAGGUUCGAGCUAGACGUAAGGUUGCUGUAACCGUUUUGGCUUUCGUAGUGAUAUUCGGCAUAUGCUUUUUGCCAUAUCACGUCUUCAUGCUGUGGUUUUAUUAUUGGCCCACUGCACAGGAAGAUUACAAUUCUUUUUGGCAUAUUUUGCGAAUUGUCGGGUUUUGCAUGUCAUUUGCAAACAGCUGCGCAAAUCCUGUGGCGCUGUACUUCGUCAGUGGAGCCUUUCGCAAACAUUUUAAUAGAUAUCUCUUCUGUCAAGGCACAAAUGUUAAUAACAAAAAACGUCACCAACAUGACACACUUUGCAUGCAUCGGAACACUUCCUUGACCAGCACCGCAUCGAAACGCUAUCAGUCGAGACAUUCCUGCCAUCAUCAGAGCACGAUAAGAAGCCGCUUACAGGACACAACCAUAACCAUGAUACCAAACGGUAGCAAAAAUGGCGCCGGAAGUGCUACCACCGACAUAAGCGAUUAUUGCUCACAUCAGCACCAUCAACUUAUGUGAGAUUUUAUUAAAUACAACCGUAGACCACAAGAAGGUCCCAACAACAGUAAUGAAAGUUAUAACGGUUGCGAAAUGGGCACUACACCCAACACAACAACGUCUCCAGCUGAACCAACAACAGCGUUUAUAGGAGCUGAGCUGAGCGAAAGCGCCAAAAUGUACUUUAAGUCAAAACGUCACAUAAGUUUUCAUGUUUCAUGCGAUAAAAUGUAAUAAAAAUUUUGUUGUAACUGCAAUGACAGGACUAAGCAGUAUUGAACUAUAAAAGGAUAAAAGAAUUUAUAUAUUCAUGUGGAGUAUAAGG